CUCACAAAACCCCUCUUCGGUUCUUCCUGGUUGAAUCCUGAAUCGUUCUCAUCUUAGCCAUGGCUUCGAUUCUUCGUGCUUCGCGCAGAUCACUUAUAGCAUGCGGCACUACGAUUAACGCAUCAUUUUCUCAACCUCAACGCUUCGCUCCCGGCGCCGGUGGAUUCAGCAGGGCUCUGGCGUCUCAAUCCCUCCCACAGACCGUUCGCAAAUCUCCCUUCGACUCAAACAUACUCAGAAUCCUCCACAACGAAAUCGAUUACCUCAGCGUCUACGCCCCUCCCAACCCGCAUGUUACAAAGUUCAAUGAAUUUACGGUUGAAGAUCAUCCAGGGGAGCAGUGGAUUACUUUGAGGAGUAAAUUUCAGCAGAAUGAAGAAAUUAAAAUUGAAGCUACAAUGUUUGAUGGUUCAAUUUCUGUACCCAAAUCUGGAGAUGAAACUAGUGAAAAUGUGAGGCUUCAUAUUAGCUUGCUAGUGGACAUAUGGAAGAAGGAAGGGGGUGAAACAUUGGAGUUUGUGUGCUCAGCCUGGCCAGAUUCCUUAGAAGUUCAGAAUGUAUAUGUUUUCAGGCGAGAAGGAUUGCAAUCUUCACAGCCAUAUAUGGGACCAAAUAUCAAGGAUUUGAACAGUAAGCUCCAUGAUGCUCUUUACAAAUUCUUGAAGAGAAGGGGGAUAAAUGAUGAACUUUCUGUAUUCUUACACAAUUAUAUGAUGAACAAGGAUAGAGCUGAAAUUAUUCAGUGGCUAAGAAAAAUAAAAUCUUUUAUUGAGGAAUGAAGGCAUGUAUCUACUUGUAUGCCCAUUGAAUUUGGUAUUUUUGUAACCCCGUUUCUAUAAAUUUCUAUGUCUUUAAGCAGUUUCUUCUUCUUA